GUUAGAAAAAAAUGUAGAACGGCAGUUCAACAGUUUAAAAUAAUUAAUCUAAAGUUUUAAAUAGUUGUAUAAACAAACUACGUACACUGUGAUAAAUUGAUAGUAUUCUCUUCGCAACCGGUGACUCAUAGUACCGAAAUAACACGCAUGUUGCAAUACAUUUUUUAUGUACUCAACCAAUUGUCUCGAACCGUUUCAGCCAUAUUUUGAAUAGUUGUAGAACAAAUAUCUUCCAGUUAGCUCAAUUUAAGAUUUAGAGAACUUAUCAUGGAUAACAUAAACAACCUUCCAGAAGAGUUGAUAGAACACAUCUUCGACUACCUCAACAUUCAAGACACAAAGAAAGCAAAAGUCGUUUGCACUCUGUGGUACAAGAUUCUGCAUGGCAUUCGAUUCCUACGCAAAUGCAAGCUAUCGCUAGGUCGUAUGUUCGAUGAUGAUCUGGGAGAGUGGGAAAAAAACAUCAUACGGAGCUACCGGAACAUUUCAAUAAUGCAAUGCGACGAUCAAGAGAACCGUCUAGCGGAGCUAUUAUUUGAAUCGGAAUGGGACCUGGAAAGCUUGGAAUUGUUCAGUUCAUUCGAAAGUUGCCGAAUGGUUUUUGGGAAUCGUUUACCACAAAUAGUGAAUCUUAGGGAACUCUCGUUAAUGUUUGAGGAAUGCCACAAUACAGAGCCAAAUUCAAAUACGUGGGAACUUCGGCAUGAUAGAAUUGAAAAGCUCCGACUCAAAAAUCCUUGCGUAUCGUUACCCCUUAAACCAAUACUGCCAAAUUUAACUAGUCUUCAGCUACAAUCGAAUUGUCGCGCCGCUUAUCAGAUAAUAGAAUCCUACUGUAGACAGUUGCAAUAUCUACAAGUGUCGUUCGACAAUGCUGAGGUGAUGGACGACAUGGUGUCGCUAAAUUUCCCGGCUCUCGAACACCUAGAUGCUCAGCUGUUUCAAUAUGACGAUAAAGAAAUGCAGCUGCGAUAUGCUCGAACACGCAAUAAACUAGUGGAAGAAGAAAAGGAUGAACAAUUCGUGAAAAGCAUGGUCAAAUUAAAAAAUCUUGAAUUAGGAAGCAAUCUAAUGCUUUUUAGAAUGGGUACGUGGCUCUCCAAAUAUGCCAAUCAACUGGUAGAGUUAUCUCUGGUGUAUCUACAGAUAGACCAAGAGCAAAUCGAAGUGGUUGAAACGAUGUCGAUUAAGAUACUCAAAAUAGCAUAUUGCAGAAUUCUAACGCAAUUCCAGACUCUACCAAAGGUAAACUUUCCUAGUCUUACUCGUCUUAUUCUGAUAGGCAACACAUCGGAUAUUGUGUUCGACAAAGGACUUUCCGAGCUGAAAUCGUUAAAAUUGUCUAUUGGUUCACAAAGUAACCACAAAGUGUUGCACAAAAUAUGCAACAAUUUACUAAAUCUGGAACAUUUGGAAAUAAUGCUGCAAAGAAAGCUAGUGAACACAUCUCUUCGAUAUCUUGGCAAGCUGACGAAGCUAAAGUCGUUAGCUUUCUACAACUAUAAACCAAAUGCAAUACUUUGGAAGCACUGUCCUGUGGUACCUAGCCUCCGAAGAAUAACUAUUCACGAAAGUUUUUUGAAAAUUCCUACAAUCCAGCAUCUAGCCAAACCGUUCCCCGGUCUCAGUGAACUAUUUUUGGAAUGGUGCUAUAUAGAACAGCAGGGUGAAGAAUGCAACACGGAGCGAUUUGAAAUCAUAUCAUGCAUGGAAAGCAAUCAAAGAAGCCUCUGCCACCAGCAAUUGAAAUCAUUUUUUCCGCAGUGCACAAUUUCAAUGCGCUAGAAAAUGCAAUGGCCACGGCAAUGCUCAUUCGUUAACCGAUCAUCUUGGCGGAAGGCAGGUGGAUUCGGAAAUGAGACUAUCUAUGACUCCCAGAGGGGUCAACAUUAUUUUACAUAUC